GCGAGUUACGGGUGAUGGCCACUCCAUGUCAAGUUGGAAUCGCCGCGAGACGCCUCCCGCUGGUAUCGACGCGCUGCGGCCACCGGGCGGGAAAACACACGCGUUUUUUCGUGAACCGAACAGUUGAUCAACCAUGCUUUUUUGGAUGAGCAACAUAUGAAAAGUUUCAGUGUCAGUGUUAUAGUAAAACUUCAUUCCCAGUUGGAUAUAUAAUAAUGUGCGCAAUCCAGACUUCUGUGGUAAUGUGUGAAAAUAAUAUUGGUCAGAUAAAGUUUUAGUUGCGUUCAGGAUGAAAACCAUCAUGAAGAAGAGAAAUUAUACGCAGGCUGAAAAGCCGAAGGGGAAACGUAAGCAACAGCCAGCUCCUUCACUAAAAUUAGCAAGAUUUGCUCGAGAGGAAUCACGACAGGGGAGCGCACCCGAAGAACCCCCAAGAAUAUAUUUCCCAGGGGAAUGCAAGCUGAACUCCUGUAUAAAGGAAGCCGCGUGUAUGCGUCAUAAUAGCACAGCGCACUACUGCCGAUGCACGACGAAUGGACUGCCCGUCACAGAAGAUUUGCAAUGCCCACGGAGACCAGUUACGGAGACCCCGAAGCCAAUCUACAACGUGAUCCCACCACAGCCUCGCACGAACAACUCGAGCGACAGUAGAUAUGCACCAUCACCGCCCACCACACAAAUGUCAAAAUCCGUGGGUAGUGAAGUCCUAGCAGAAGCAACAGCAAGUAGCGACUCAGCGACAAUAUUCGGUGCUGGUAUAGACGCUAAUGCAAGUUUACUGGCGGCAUUGAUCAGCGGAGCGGUGCUGUUAGUGGUGAUCAUCCCUCUAGUAGUGUGGUAUUUGAGGCGAAGAAUGUGCAAAGGAGACAACAAAACGCAGCCGCGUGUGCGACCAGGAGAACCUCUGCUUGCUGAAAGGUAUAUAACGAACCCCCAGUAUGGAGUGUACGGAGCGGGCACAGCGGCGCAUCCAGGGUCGGGCGGGGGCACUCCCGGCGUGGUUGGCACAGACGAUACCUCAGAGUCACAGGUGCCUCUGUUAGACCGCAGCGCGCUCACGUUUCUUGAAGAAGUUGGCGAAGGAUGUUUCGGCAAAGUACAUAGGGGUUUAUUACGAACUGCUAAUGAUGAACAAGUCGUAGCAAUCAAAGUUUUAAAAGAAAGUGCGGGCCGUAGUGCAGAAGAAGAUUUCGUUAGAGAAGUCUCAAUCAUGUCUGCAUUUAGGCACCCUAAUAUUCUUACUCUUAUUGGAGUUGUAUACAAAGAUGACAUUAGUUCGAGUCCUUGGAUGGUGUUUGAAUACAUGGAGCGAGGUGAUUUGGCUGGUGUGUUACGAGGGUCUCGAGGCGGUGGACGUCCGGGUCCUAAUUUAGACGAACCCGCACUCCUUCACGUCGCAUUACAAGUGGCUCGCGGUAUGCAGUAUCUUGCCUCGCGUCGAUUUGUUCAUCGGGAUCUGGCAGCUAGAAAUUGUCUCGUCGGUGCUCACCUCAGCGUUAAAAUUGCUGAUUUCGGUAUGUCUCGAGAUAUUUACACGUGUGACUACUAUAAAAUGGGAGGGGAAAGGCCAAUGCCUGUACGAUGGAUGUCGCCAGAAAGUAUAGUAUACGCGCGCUUCACACACGAAUCUGAUGUUUGGUCUUACGGUGUAGUACUGUGGGAAAUUUACAGCCGAGGAAAACAACCAUUCUACGGACAUAACAACGAUGGUGCGACAAAGUUGAUAUUGCAGGGUAUAGUGCUUGUACCUCCGGAAGAUUGCCCUCGCUUCGCCUGCGAACUAAUGCGUGAGUGCUGGAAAACUGAUCCGCGUGAUAGAAUAAGCUUCGACGAAAUAUGCAGGAAAUUAGAAUUAGCAGCAGCAGGUGGUGUGACAACGGUACAAAUGCGAUUACCGCGACCCCCAAAUCCAGCCCAAGAUUCGGCAGGAUAUCUGAUUCCUACACGACAGUCACCAGUAAAUUACCUAGCUUUAGCGCUCGGAGACAACGACCCUGAGGCAAGGUCGGAUUCGAGUGAAGAAGAAGAUGAGGAGGAAGACACUUGACGGCCAUCUCUGGCGUCGGCUUCGGAGUACAUUCUGCAUUUUUCACCGCCGGCCGCCGCCACAUCUUUCACCGCUACAUUCCUUUCAAGCUUCGAUAUCAGCACAUAAUUCAAAUGUUAGUUUAACAUUUUGGUAAACACCCAUGAUGUAGUAAUGAAGGUUGGACGUGACCGAGAUAAUACUCAAUUAUCGACUUAAGUGUGAUGUUUUUGUAAUAAAAUCUAAAUAAUUUUCGUGUGAGAACCUCAAGUUUAGCGAUAAAACUUAUGAUGUUUGUGUAGGCGUGUAUUUAUUAUUGUUUUGUGUGUCUUAUACCAAAAAUAAAAAGUACCUAAAAUAUGAAUAACGUGUACAGUUAACAUAAUAUUACUUUUAUGAUACUUAUAUAAACCUUCGUACCCAUUUUGGUUUAAUGAAGAUGGACAUAGGUAUGAUACGACUGACUUUUGUAUUCAAUGAUGAGAUGUAUGUACGAGCUUAUGAUAAGUAUACGCACUACGUUUGUAUAAAUCACAAUUAAGUAAUAGUUAGAUAAAGUGACAUCUGAUUCUAUAAACUUAAGAUUUUAUAUAUUUUGUACUUCUAGUCCUCAAGUAAGGUAUGAUUUAAACCAAAUAAAUAACACAUCAAAAUUCUAAAUGAAUUGUCAUGAGCGAAGAUGUGUAAAUAUAUGUAAGAACCAAAAUUACUUCGUAUUGGUUUACAGUAUUUUAUUUUUAUCAUUACAGAUUUACUAUUAUUAUUGAAACUCCUUAGGACUGGACUAGAUUUAGCUAAAUUAUUAUAAAAGCCACCGUGUUGCCAUAAUUAUGAUUGCGCCUAUUGUAUAAAGAUAGACAAAAUAUUGACAAUGUACAUAAAAUGGUUGUUAUAGAUAAAUAAAUACAUAAUAAUUAAGUUAGUUAAUAAUAUUUAAGAAGUAAUUAAGAGCUAUAAAUCUAGAAUUAUGCAUUUAAAAUAUUACCUACUCAUAAAACAUCUUAACGUAAGUAGUCGAAAGCAGAUAUUUUUGUCUGUUUAAUCAUAAUCCAAGGUUUGGACAAUCUCAUUAAUUGCCCGCCUGUAUAACAUAACUGUUAAACGAUAUAUGGAUAAUAUGAUAAUGUGGUUUCAAAUAUUUAUUACCUAUGUAUAUCGACGUUUAAUGUUUGUACGAAUGUAUGGUAAAAAAAAUCAUGUUAAUGUUUCAGUUUGUAUUAAAAUAUACAACAAUACCAUUAUUUAA